UGUCUGGGAACAGCCCGGCCGGAGCGGCGGGAGAUGGCGUGGAGAGAAGACGGAUGCUCGGAGUGCACGCUCACGCGACCGUGGCCUUUUAUGCCUGAGGCGAGGGCGGCCAAGGCACCGCAUGAACUGGCCAUUGCAGCGAGAUAGCCUCAGGGCAGGGAACCGCGUGCACCAUGGAGGAGGAGGAGGAGAGAAGCGCCCGUUAUCAGCCACCGCCCACAUGCUGCCAUCCUCCAGCUCGAUCAGGGCCGUCUCCCCCACAUCCUUGGCACGCCGCUCCUCGUCCCGCCACAGCCCGCCACUCUGCUCUUAUCUUGCUCCCGCACACGGCCACUGGACCCGGGCUCAGGCACUCUGUCCUUGGAAGAUGUGCCUGGCAAAUCACGACGCCCACCGACAGCCUGGGUCCACUCUAUCUACCACGACCUGACUUGGUGGCGGCCUGUGGCGGCCUGGUGGCGGCGCCACUUGAUCACCGUGCAUGCCGCCGGUCGGCCCGCGAGCGUGCCCAGCUCGCCUUUCUGCCCUCUCCGUGGCCAUCGCGCAACUCGCCAUACAUAUCGCACAUGACUGGCACAGAACGCGUAUGGCGCGCAAUGUCGUGCUCCUCCUCAUCGUUGCACAACGCCCGCCGCAUGUGGAUCCUCAUGGUCCCCGUCCGGUCUGCCCUGGGCCGCCCACUGCACGCGCCAGCAUCCCAGCCAGACGUUCCUAGACUCGCCGCCUUGGCCAGCGUCCACGAUCCCGACGACGUGAUCAUGAGAUCUGCACAACAGCUGCAGGAUGGUCCGCCCGAACACGCAACAGCAUUAGGCUCACACUUACGCUCACUGCGCGUGUCACGGAGACCACGGUAUGCGCGGACGAACAGCUUCAUCGCGUCGCGGAUGUCGGUUUGCACGAGAUUUGGGCCAGCGCCACGCCGCGCUCUGCAUGAUCCGACGACGGCCAGCGACGAGACCUGCGGUCGGUGAGGUCCGUCAAUGGGCCUCGUACAUACCGUCGACCCCACAUCCAGUGUCGGCCUCGCCUCAGGAGUGUCUCGCCUCAGAACGGGUCCCGUCGAGGUCGAUCAUGCCGUGC